AUGGCAAGCACACGUUCCUGCAAAAGUUGUAGGAAAACUUCUCUUGUUAGGGAUGAUGUGUCUGGGGAUUUGAUAUGUUCCUUGUGUGGUGUUGUUCAAGAAUAUGAUCAGUUUGAAGCCCAUAUUGGUGGCAUCAAUGGUCCACAAGGAACAUUCAUCCGUGUUGGAACUUCUGGUGCAGAGGGUGAAUUUGGGCAAGGUGAUUGGUUUCAGGUUUUAAUUGGUGCAUGUGUGUAUAUAGUGAUGCGAAAGGAUAAUCGCCCAAUGUCUAUGGCUGAAGUGGCAUGGGCAGCCGGAUAUUUUCCAGAGUUUGAUGUCGUGCAUUCAUUGGAAAGGGUCCUUAAGAUUUCACCAUCUUUUGCUAGAAUUGACAGAAGCAAAGUAGACAGAAUGCGCAAGCAGGGGAUAUUUUUGUUACAGUGUGCAAUGAAGUGGUUUUUGAGUACCGGACGUAAGCCACUUCCAUUGGUAGUUGCUGUUUUAGUUCUGGUCGCUGAAUUGAAUCAAGUUGAAAUUGGAAUUAGCGAGUUGGCCAAGGAAGUUCAUGCUGUUGUUUCCACUUGUAAAACACGAUACAAAGAGCUUUUAGAGAAACUUGUAGAAGUGGCACAAGUUUUGCCUUGGGAAGAGAUAUCACCACUAGAAACAUUGUCAAACAUGCACCAUCUGUAA